GCAAUUUUUGUUUCGAAAAAACGGACAAUGCAAGCAUGUAAACACACCCCUAAGUAACUCCGAGCCACCGCAUCUAACGAUGGCAAAAUGGCUCCCUCCGAUGGUACUUAUCAUACUUGUUCCAACCACAAACCUGGAGAACGACGACGGUUCCUGUAGACGGCAUUUGAGCGUGCUGAACUGGCCGCAGAUCACCUGCACCAACGUCGACAAUAGUUUUUUUCAGCAUUUCGUCGCCUCGCCAAACAGAACCCAUUGGAUCAAGUGUACCAACUGUUCUUUGAACGUAAUAGAUGAACGAACUUUUAAUUUCCUGAAAAACAACGUCAGCUAUGUAGAGUUGCAAGCAUCUAGGAUAAGAACGCUAAAAAGACUAGCUUUUAAUAAGCUUUUUUUGUUAAAAUAUUUGAAUCUGAGAAAAAACGAUAUUGAUUAUUUAGAACCGAAAUGCUUCACGGGCAUCAAAAGAUUACUGCAUUUAGAUUUGAGUUUCAAUUUUCUGAAAAUUCUAACAAAUAAUAUAUUUUCCGAUAUGAGUAACUUGGACAUUCUUAAUUUAAAUUAUAAUCAAUUAUUUUAUAUUCAGCCUUACGCUUUUGCCGGCCUGGUGAACUUAAAAUACCUGUAUAUUAAUCACAAUGACUUAAAGAAACUUGAAGACAAGAUGUUUAGAUACCUUCCCAACUUAAAAAUACUUUACUUAGAACAUAACAGUAUUGUAGAAAUUCACCAAAAUGCAUUUUUCAACUUAAAAAAUCUCAAUUUUUUGUAUCUCAAUAAUAAUAGUAUUAAUUUUUUAGUGCAGUACAAUUUUAAGCCAUUGACUAGUCUGAUAGAUUUACAAUUAAGGUUGAAUAACUUGACGGAGAUUCAAGUGAGUUCCUUCAACGGUCUUAGCAACUUAAGAACUCUCCAUUUGAGUAAUAAUAAUAUUAGUAUAGUUAAGCCUUACGGUUUUGUCGGUUUGGAUUCCUUGAAAGUAUUAGAUUUAGUGAGAAACAAGUUUGUGUUGAUAGAUUUUAGUUAUUUUGACAAAAUGGAAAACUUAGAAGUGUUGUGGUUGAAUAACAAUUCGAUAUCGACUUUUGAGAUUAGUUAUAAAUCGGAAGUACAAAAUUCUUUGGUUAUAUUAGAUUUAAGCUUUAAUAAUCUGUCGAUGUUUAAUUACAAAUUAUUGUAUAGUAAAAUGCCAAAUAUAAAAGAAGUUGUUCUUGAAAAAAACUCUAUGAACUGUGAUUUUUUUACCAAUAUGUAUAAUUUUUUACAAGACAAAAACGUCACGCUGUGUGUAUCGUCGCAUUGUAACUUUAACGAAACCGUAGUGUAUAUAGAUGAUAUAUGUUCCGAAGUGUAUGUUACAUCUACAGAUCACGUAUAUAAUUCCACUGAUUUUUCUACUGACUGUUCCACGAAUUUCUUUGGUAGCACCGUUUUUAUGUUCAUUGCUUUAUCUCUAGCUUUAUUUUGUUGAACUUUGGAAAUUUUAGCUGUGUUUAAUUUAUUUCUACCUCAUUAUUUAUUACAGUUGUUUUAUAUUUUUUUGUUGAAUUGCUUUAAUAAAUUAUAAGAAAGUUACUGUCAUUUCUUUAAC